AUGGAACUCAAGGAAGUUGUUGUCCGCCAAAAUUUGCCUGCCGGGGAAGAGGUGCAGGGCCUGCCUCAACGGUUUGUAUCAAUCUCGCUGCUUCAGGUGAGCGAUGCGGAUCUCGUCGUCCAAGAUGUAAUCGAACUCCCACCCAAGGUUAUCAUCGUGCUUGGGGCCGUACAUGCGGGGGGUCUUAAAGAAAAUGACGUCAUGGAAGGCGGCGACGAGAUGAAUCUGAUCCGGGUCUACCCCUCCCCUUGGCGCCCCUCUGACACGGACCUCAUCGCCGCCUUCCGCGAUGCCGAUUUCUUCAAGACCCGCCGCAUGUACGGCCCCAAGCACGACGAUGACCCCGGGUGGGAGUUUGAUUACAUCUUGGACAGUGAGAUCCGGAUCACCACCGAAAGCAGCGAGCCAGAUACAACAAGCUGA